AUGGUUAAGAAGAUUAAAAAGAAACUUCGUAGCAAGCGUCUGAGCUCAGAAGUACCCGAGGAGCCAAUGCUUGCCCAGUACAGUUUGACUUGGUCUACAACAAUUGAAUUGCCUGAUCUUGACGAAGAUUGCGGUCACACUUUGGUACAUUUCCUAUAUUCAGGCCAAUAUGAGACAAUCAAUUCGCCCCUCGAGGAAUGGGCCUCCGACAUUGAGAGAGAAUAUCAGAGAGGCCUUCGCAUCUACCAGGCAUCCAGAACCUAUGAUAUUGUUGACCUUGAAGCUCUUGCUAUACGUAACAUCGAACAGCUAGGAGAAGAAUUGUCUAUCCUCGAGAUACUUCGGGCAACGAGGGAUGUGUAUUCAAGCCUGCCCGAAGGCGAAACAUGGCUUCCGAAUUAUAUCGAAAGCAACUUGCAGCUCUUCUUGAAUACUAGACAGUCAGACUAUGACUUGAAUGAACUUUACACUGUCCUUGGCACGAAUCAUCAAUUCGACAAUGCAGUGAUGAAAGCUUUGGUCGGUAUACUGGCCAGUCGUUUGAUCGAUCGUGGGAAUACCUCUCAGAAUGGUCAGUCUCGCUGCCAAGAAGAUAGAUACGAUAAUGAGGACGAGAUACAAGUCAAUGGAGACCACUGCAUAGCAGAACCUGCCUGCGAGUCUGUUUCCGAUGAGCCUGCUUUUGAUGCGUCUCCUGUUGAGGAGCCAGCUGCAGAGGAACCACCUCCACCCGACGAGGAACCAUGUUUCAUUGAGGAAGAGCCACCGGCGGAGCCACCUCCAGCUGAGGAGGAGCCAUAUUCACCUGAGUAUGAGCUAGCUGCAUCGGAGCCAUGUCCACCUGGUGAGGGGCUAUAUCCAAUUGAGGAGGCGCCAGCUGCGGAGGAACCUCCUACCAAUGAGCCUCUGACUGAUGUGUCUGCGGCUGAUGUUGAAGAGUGGAGCAUUCCUCAGCCGCCAUCCGACGUUGAUGGUUGGCCAAGUGUCACUGUCUCUCCGGGCGAUGCCCCUCGUGCUGAAGAACUCCCUGAUGCCACAAUCGCACCGCCUGAGCCUUCUACAGAAACUCAUCUUUCUCAGGCCACUGUAGCAAGAGCCUCAGUUAAAGACAUGGUUUUGUACGAAAAUUGGGCUGCCCUUUCGACUAAAUCUUGCAGUAUUUCGAGGAAUAAAUGCAAAGUACUGAUGGUGAUUGCCACGAACUACUAUAGCAGUAGCACAGAACCGAACGCGCAUACGUAUGCCCGCGCUACCGGUUAUGGCAGUUGA